GCUUAAGAGUGUGUGUGUGUGUAUAUAUAUAUAUAUAUAUAAGUGUAUAUGCACAAUAACGUCGUACAAGUGCGAGAUUAGAACACUGUUUUCAAAGUCAAGAACGAGAGCGUAACGAUAUGGAAGACGAGAGAAGAAGAAGAAGAGGGCAUCCUCUGCUAAGGUGGAGGACGAGGGCAGAGGGAGAUUACAGCCAUGGCUUCUCUCAGGGUCAGAUCCAAUCACUUUCUGCGAUCUGUCACACCCUCCUCCCUUCUCUUCCUCCGCCGCCGCCGGAAACCUUGUCGGACCAAGACAAGACGAAUUUCCCGGCUCUUGUUUCCUUUUACAGAGCCACCGCUUCUCAACCACCGAUUCCUGAUGAGGUGGCGGAGAUGAUGGUGAGGCAUGGCCGACCAGAAGCAAUUAUGGUAGUGAAGAUUGCCUUGAAGAUUCUCUCUUCGAGAUUGGGAAGUUUGCUGCUCUGCGGCACUCUCUGCUUUGAUUCCAAAUGGCCCUUUCUUCAUACAUUCUCAGAACUCCCAUUGAACGUAAGAGAAGAAAUCAUGAGGACAUGGUCCAAGCAAGGCGGCCUCUUUGUGCCUCUUCGUAUAACUUUUCUCCUCGUAAAGUUCUUCUCCAUGUUCUAUUACUUUUCCCAGUCGGAUGGGCGUUCGAAGAAUCCUGCAUGGGAAGCGAUCGGAUACACAGUCGACACACGAGAGGGGAGUUGGGACGAGACGGAAGAGGAGAGACCUCUCGAUAAGGGAAUCAUAGAAACGGCACAAGAGAACGACGUUACCAUCAGGCAGUCUCUCAUCAACAGAGGCGUCCAUGUCGCAGAAGAAGAAGACGACGAUGGUGUUCAUAAGAUCAGAUGUGAUGCGGUGGUCAUUGGUUCAGGCAGCGGAGGCGGUGUUGCUGCCGCGAACCUCGCAAAGGCCGGUCUGAAUGUGAUCGUUCUUGAGAAAGGAAACUACUUUACACCUCGAGACUAUUCGUCUCUGGAAGGUCCGUCGCUGGUUGAGCUUUAUGAGAAGAGCGGGAUAUUGACGACAGUCGACGGGAAAUUCAUGAUAUUGGCUGGAUCAGCUGUCGGAGGAGGCUCAACCGUUAACUGGUCGGCCUCGAUAAGAACACCUGACCAUGUUCUGCGGGAAUGGUCUGCAGAGAAUAAGAUUAAUCUUUUCACGAGUAGAGAAUAUCAAUCUGCGAUGGACGAAGUCAUUAGACGGAUAGGAGUCGAGGAGAGGUGCGGAAGAGACGGCUUUCAAAACCAGGUGUUGAGAAAAGGGUGCGAGAGACUCGGGUUGAAAGUAGAUCCAGUUCCGAGAAACUCACCGGGAGAUCAUUACUGCGGCUCUUGCGGGUACGGAUGCAGGACAGGAGACAAGAAAGGGACAGACCAGACAUGGCUGGUUGACGCCGUGGACUAUGGAGCCGUUAUCCUGACAGGUAUAAAAGCCGAAAGAUUCAUACUAGAAGAUAACAACAACAGUGAUAGCAGCUACAAUGGGCGAAGGAAGAGAUGCGUGGGAGUGGUUGCAGGUUCUUUAGGGGGUAAAAUGAAGAAGAAACUCUGGAUCGAGGCCCGAGUGUCGAUUUCAGCAGCCGGGUCACUACUGACGCCACCGUUGAUGAUCUCAAGCGGGUUGAAAAACCCACACAUUGGGAGAAACCUAAGGCUGCAUCCGGUGUUAAUGACGUGGGGGUACUUCCCCGAGGAGGGUUCAGAGUUUCAAGGGAAAAUGUACGAGGGAGGGAUCAUCACCUCAGUUCAUCAUGUAAGGGAUGCAGAAUCGAAGUCAGGAAGCAGAGCAGUACUGGAGACACCAUUGAUAGGACCGGCAUCAUACGCAGGGCUGGUGCCAUGGGUGUCAGCAGCGGAUUUUAAGGAGAGGAUGGUUAGAUACGGGAGGACGGCUCAUGUGUUUGCGCUGGUGAGGGACAAUGGUUCAGGUGAGGUUGUGAAGGAAGGAGAUGUUACAUAUAGGUUGAGUCAGUUGGAUAAGGAGAGGCUCAGUGUGGGAUUGAGACAAGCCUUGAGGAUUCUGAUUGCCGCGGGCGCAGUUGAAGUCGGGACAUACAGGAGCGACGGACAGAGAAUGAAGUGCAAGGGACUUACCAAACAAGCAAUGGAAGAGUUUCUGGACAGUGUGGACGCGGUUGGGGGAGUGAGGACGAGAGGGGAGCACUGGACAACGUACUUCUCAGCACAUCAGAUGGGGAGUUGCCGAAUGGGUGCCUCAGCGGGAGAAGGAGCGGUGGACGAGAAUGGCGAGAGCUGGGAGACCCAAGGCUUGUUCGUCUGUGAUGGGAGCGUUUUGCCGUCUGCUGUAGGGAUAAACCCCAUGAUCACUAUCCAGUCCACUUCUUACUGCAUUUCAACAAGGAUAGCUGAGUCCUUGCAAAAGAAAGGACGUUAAGAGAUUCCAAAAGGAUCUCAAACUUUGUAAUCCAGAAUUCUUGAAUUAUGUUGUCGAAUAAAGAAAUAAAAAACAUUGGAAUGACUGCGAAAAGAGAUAAACAAAAACUCCAAUGGUUUCUGAGUCGUUUUAUUGAACAUCUGCUCCUGCAGAAAAAUAGAUUCUGCCAGAGAAACAUCCGGUUCCGUGUUUCAUAAAAUGGAUGAU